GUCUCCGGCCCCUUGUCGCACCCCUUCCACGUGCGUCGGCUGCGCCUGCGCUGUGCUCCCGGCCCGCCGGCAUCGCUGGCCCUCGAGUGGCCUCCGGAGCGUCGGGUGCGCGGACGGCGGGCGGAGCGAGCCCCGGUGGGCGCUGAGGGCCGGCGGCUCCAGCUCGCGGCGGCUCCGCUUCUCCCCCGCCCGUGUCCUCCCCGCGGAGCGCCGGCGCCGCCAUGGGCCUGCAUUCCAACCUGUCGGUGCGAGUGGAGUGCAUCGCAGCUGUGGCACUGGCUGCUGGGACUGCUGUGGUAGGAUACCUAGCUUACAAAAAGUUUGUGGUGAAAGAAAAACGCUACAGGUCCAUGGUCAACCUUACCAUCCAGAAAGACAACCCCAAGAUAGUGCACGCAUUUGACAUGGAAGACUUGGGAGAAAAAGCUGUGUACUGCCGCUGUUGGAGGUCCAAGAAGUUCCCAUAUUGUGAUGGUGCCCACACAAAACACAAUGAAGAAACUGGAGACAAUGUGGGACCACUGAUCAUCAAGAAGAAGGAGGCGUGAUCGGUAGCCAGCGGAGACUACUUUGUCCUGUUGUUGAUUGUUUUUAUAAGGAAUUCUCUUGCUUCUGUCCAGUUCCCUUUCCCCCAAUAAGCUAAGGCUUUCAUUGAUGUACCCUCUGCCUUACUACCUGUCCAAACACCAUGGUGACCCUCGCUGUAAAUCAUCCUUCUGGCCUGUGGGUUGUUCUUCUGUCUUGUAGGGAUUGUGUUCAUCGGUUUCUUCAAUUUCUAAUAAUGACAGGAUUUUCUUGGAUCUGUAUGUUGAUGUUAAUAUAUUAAAUUAUUUUCAAAAUCAUGUAUAUGCAAAUUGUAAUUGCAUGCCAUAAACAGAUUCGUCACAAAGGUCCUUCCAAAAAGAGUAUAGUUUUUGUUUAAAACUUAGAAGGCCUGACGUGGCUGGUUGAAAAUUUGGCUUUUUACUCGGCACACAAUAGAUGAGGAAAUUUAAAAUUUAUUUGCAGAGUUGAUGAUCUAAAAGAUACUUCCAUUUUUAUUAAUGUUUGCACAUAAAUUGGACUGUCUUCAAGGAAUGGAGAGACAGAUUUACAGGGAUCUUUGAGAUGAUUUAAUUCAUGUCCUUGCUGAUUUCCUCUCAAAUCAAUACUUCAUAUAUUUAGGAGGCAGAAACCAAUCCUGGAAAUGUUUAUCCAAAAUUACUAGAUGCAAAAUAGUUGAGCAAGCACUAAGAUUCCUUGAAAUGUCAAGGUGUUGUUUUUUUUUGCCUACAAGCUGCUGUUGAAAACUGUAGUCGGGGAGGACAGAUGGGCUAGAAAGGGAGGUCAGUAUCUCUUCUUUCAUAACCUCUUGCUUGUUGGUUAAAGCAGAGCAUUGAAAGGCCCUUGCUGCUGGGAAUGGGGAGAGCAUCCAUCUAGAUAAUUGAGGGGAAUUUUCAUUGCUCUACUGAUGGUCCUAUUUAAUAUCAUUGUGAUUCAGUGACACAUGCACUCUCAUACCUCCAUUGGAACCCUCCCUUGUAAUACAUAGGUCAUCAGGUCAAACGAGUCAGUAAAUUUGCCACGUGUAGACAAUGUAUGCCUCAUUCAGUACCUGAAGUCUACAUCUACUCUGUUGAGAUGCAAGGCAUGUUUCACAUGUGGCUGAUGUUAAGGACGUUUAUUUGAAGAGGAAAAUAGGCAUUAAAUCAUAUUCUUCUAACUGUGUGGGGUUUUUUUUCUUAAUUUCAAAAGAGGCAGAAACUCAGAAUAAUAAGAUUUUUGUGACAUAGACCAAAGAAAAACAUUUCAGAUUCUUGGAGGAGAGAGAGAAAAUAGGAAAUUGAAAAUAACUAUUAAUAAUACAAGUGUUAAAACUAGUUCUUUCUUAUCUUAAAUAACAGAGUUUGAGAUUUUUUCCCAAAGAUCUAAAGUAGACAGAUGAGAAUUUUCUGGAUCAGUGUAUUUAAAUAAAGGAAAUUAGGAGUUUACUGACAUUAUUAAUUGGAGGAGUUUGAGAAGAUGCCACAUAUGAAAUAUAAAUGUUUGAAGACAAGAGAGAAACAAGUUUCACGUAAACCUGGUUCAGAAAACGUGCUAAUUCCAAAUGUCAGAACUUAAUCUGAACUGACCAAAUCCAUGAUAGAGGCAGAAAAGUGACUUUUAGCCAUUCCUCCUGAUAGAAUUGGAUUCUUAAGUGAAGUAUUUCUCUGUGAUUUGAAGUGUCUUGAAUUGAUAUUUACUAAGGGCCAGUGAGUGACCAGCUCACUAUCAUGAAUACCGUGAUGAAGACAGAUGUCGCUCUGUUGCCUCACUGGAGCUAUUUGCUACUGAUACAAGCAGUAUUAUACACACUGCAAUAUGCAUGCAGAAUAGCCAUCUUGAUCUAAUGUCCUUAAACAUAGCCUGUGUAAUACAUGGAAAUCCAGCAUAGCUUCCCAUAACACUUUUCCCAUGAGUUAGAUUUUCUUUGAUCAAUUUUGUGUUUUUCCUAGAAGUGAGUUCAGUAGAGGCAGCAGUGAUCUUUAAAAGGCUUACAAGUUGUCUUUAAUCAGAAAACCUCAUCCAAGAAAUCGGCUCUUCUUGGAUUAAAUCCCCAAAUUAUGAAUGAACAUAUACCCCUAAAUUGAGUAUAGCUUAAUUCAGUUGUCUGUGGUUUUAACUUGGAAGUGUCCUACACUGUGACUUUGGUCAGACAGGUGUUUUUACAAUUUUACCGAAGAAUAAUUCUGUCAUAGUUCUCAGAAUACCUGUUGAGUAGAAAGAGGAGGGGUUUUUUAAUCUGCUCUUGAUCACAGGUCAUUGAUAGUAGCAAUAUAAUAUGCUAAAUGUACUUUCAAGGGCAUGUUCACAUUUUGUUAUAAGAUUUUGAACUAAAGUUACUUCAUUCUGUGAAA